UAGAAUGGGUCCCAUCGUGCUUCUGCUCUCUUUUACUCUGCUGACUUUGUGCCAAGCAGACGGGACUCCUGUGUUUGUGCAGACGGGGAAGAAUUUACUUCUGGAUGUCAAGGAGAAAGUUACUCUAGAAGAGGAUGAUCUUUUAACAUGGUCUGUCAAUGAGACCAAGAGUAUUUCAAGAUAUCCUUCGACUGGCAAUAUCAUUUUAAAGAGUUAUUCAGGAAGGGCUGAAUAUUUUACUCAAAAUCACUCUCUACUGUUGAAGAACGUGGAACAGAGUGACAGUGGAGAUUACAAAGCACAUGUUUCUGGUGUUGCUAACAAAGGUGUAGCUGAACACAAGGUCACAGUUCUGGAUCCAGUGUCUCCAGUGAAUAUGACAGUGAACUCCACCAGCUCAGACUCCUCUAACCUCACAGUGACCUGCAGUACUCAGGACUCUCUCAUCAGCAGGACUUUCACAUGUUUCACAUGUGCUGACCGAACCUGCUCUGAUGAGAGAGGAGAGAGAGCAGAGUUUACCACACCUGGAGCCUCUCUCAAUGUGUACCUGCAGGACAACUCCAUCAUCUGUGUCCAUAAGAACGAGGUCAGCAGGACAGAGGACGUCAGAAAGAUUGAAGAUUUUUGUAAAAGGAAUGGCGGACCGGGUCACCACAACAAUAAUGUCCCAGUCAUUGCUGGUGCCAGUUUUGGUGUUUUAGCUUUUCUUCUGCCCAUCAUUGGUGCAGUAUAUUAUCUACGAAGGACAAGAAAAUAUAAAACAGAGAACGUGGAAAAUACAGUAUAUGAAGUUCCUCAGGGCACCAACCCAAACCAAACUCUGGAGAUGAGACCAAUGAAUGAUAAGGGCUUGACUGAGGAUCCAUCCUCCCUCUACCAUUUAGUAGGCAAUCCCACUCAACCUGAAGUAUCCAAUGAGGCUAGAGACAAGCCUUUGCCAGAGAGUGUGUACGCCACAGUACAAAAGCAUACAAGGUUCUGACACACUUCAGAACCAGCUGUGUUUCUCCAACACUCACAACAAGAACCAGAUUUUUGCUAGCAGCAAGCAGUGAUGGACUUCUGGUCAAGACAUCUUCUUCUUUGCGCUUCUUAUUGUUUACACUCCAACAAGCACCCUGAGUCACAAGGACGGACUGAAAACUGAGGGACGUGACUUCACCUGGAUUUCUAUCAACAUUUUUAUGUAACUCAAAAAGAGAUUAAUCAGAGUUAAA